AUGGACAGGCCCGGAAUGAACAGGCUGUGGGAUCCCAGCAAAGCUGCUUGGUUAUAUCCUUUGCGUGGGAUUUACUACUUUGCGUCGCAUCGAUUUCUUUGGCCGCUGUUUCGGGCGCGCUUGAUAUCUAUCGUCCUGCUUUCUACAUUUAUCCUCGUCAUCCUCUUUCUUUUCACAUAUCUGCCACAAGUUGCCUUUCUCGCCAUCUUCCAAGGCGCCGGUGCUUGGGUCAAUGGCGCAUUUCUCGUUCUUGGAGAAGGAGCGGCCAUCGUAGCGCUACUGUUUGAGGCAUUUUUUGUCGACGAGACCUUGGUGGACAUCUUUGAUGCUGUUCUUGUCAACGAGGGCCAUGGCGAGCUCGUCACCGCUUGUAGGGUCCUGUAUCCCCAAGGCGACGACGUUCUCAAGCGGCUGGGGAAACCGACCAACAGCGCGCUGUAUUCGCCGUUCUCUCUGCGGCAGAUCAUCGAGUUUAUAGUCUUCCUGCCCCUGAACUUUAUCCCCGUCGCAGGCACUCCGAUGUUCUUGUUGUUGACCGGUUAUCGCGCGGGGCCAUUCCAUCACUGGCGGUAUUUUCAGAUGCUGGAUCUGUCGAAGAAACAAAGAAAGGAAAGGAUCCGUCGACGGCAGCUGCAAUACACUACAUUCGGAACGGUUGCUUUGCUUCUACAGCUGAUUCCUGGCUUAUCAAUGUUCUUCCUCAUGUCAACUGCGGCCGGGUCUGCCCUCUGGGUAAGGGACAUUGAGAACAAGCGUGAUGUUUUACGAGGACGACAUGACGGCAUGACUGAUGAGUAUCAUGAUGAUGACAAUAUAAUCUAA